AUGGAGAACUACCACAUGUACAACGAGAUUGGCCGUGGCGCGCACUCGUUCGUGUACAAAGCACGACGGAAACGCAGCAUCGAGUACGUCGCGGUCAAGUCCACCGCCAAGAGCCGCAUGGACAAGAUUUUGAACGAAGUCCCGUUUUUGCACAAAUUAGACAGUCCCUACGUGCUCAAGUUUGUCGACUGGUACGAGUCGUCGAAUCACAUUUGGCUCAUUCUCGAGUACUGCGUCGGCGGCGACCUGCUCAACCUCAUUACGCAGGACAAGCAGCUGCCCGAGUCGGUCGUCAAGUCGUUUGGCUAUGAGCUUGUCGCUGGACUGCAAUACCUGCACGCAAACGGCAUUGUGUACUGUGAUCUGAAGCCUGGAACGGUUCUGAUUGACGAACGUGGGUCACUGAAGCUGGCCGAUUUUGGCCUCGCACGACGUAUUCCUGGAAGUGAUGCAGCGCCCGUACGAGCACUUGCACCAGGGUCGCCGCACUACAUGGCGCCAGAGUUGUUUCAGCAGACGGCAGUGCACAGCUUUGCGUCAGACUUCUGGGCUUUGGGAUGCGUGCUCUAUGAACUUCGAACAGGCCAACAGCCAUUCGUGCAUACAAAUUUUACCGAGCUUGCACGAAUGAUCCAAACAGAGCCAGUGCAGCUGCCUCAUCCUGAAUGUGAAAUGUCGCUUGACUUUUGCGGUCUCCUGAAGCGUUUACUCGUGAAAGAUCCGUAUCAGCGCAUCACGUGGGAUGAGCUUGCCGUUCAUUCAUUUUGGGAUGGCAUGCCCCGCCUCGAGAGUGUUGUCAUGCCUUCACAGACAAUAUUUGAUAGACUUUCCCCGAUGCCGCGAAAGUAA